GGUCGGAGCGUCCCUUAGUUCCUGGUUAAAGAUGGCGGACGAGAAUGAGACAGCACCGAAACCGGAGAGACAGGACGAGGUAGAAGACGACCACGGCCACUGCAGUGACUGUGAGAAUGAGGAGCACCACUUCAGUGAUGGGGAGAAGAGCCCAGCGGAUGAUGGUGGAGCCAAGAAGAAGAAGAAGAAACAGAGGAGGAAGAAGGAGAAAGCGGGGGGGAAGGACGUGGCGCAGGACCAGUCGGCCAAGGUGAACUCUCUGCCCGCGGACAAGCUGCAGGAGAUCCAGAAGGCCAUCGAGCUCUUCUCCGUGGGCCAGGGGCCUGCCAAGACCAUGGAGGAGGCCAGCCGCCGCAGCUACCAGUUCUGGGACACGCAGCCCGUCCCCAAGCUGGGAGAGGUGGUGAUGUCGCAUGGCUCCAUCGAGCCCGAUAAGGACAACAUCCGCACGGAGCCCUACAGCCUGCCCCAGGGCUUCAUCUGGGACACCCUGGACCUGGGCAACUCUGCUGUGCUGAAGGAGCUCUACACUCUGCUGAAUGAGAACUACGUGGAGGACGACGACAACAUGUUCCGCUUCGAUUACUCCCCCGAAUUCCUGCUCUGGGCGCUGCGCCCCCCUGGCUGGCUGCCUCAGUGGCACUGCGGAGUGAGGGUGGUGUCCAAUAAGAAGCUGGUCGGGUUCAUCAGUGCCAUUCCUGCCUCCAUCCGCAUCUACGACAUAGAGAAGAAGAUGGUGGAAAUCAACUUCCUCUGCGUGCACAAGAAGCUGCGCUCCAAGCGGGUGGCACCGGUGCUGAUCCGGGAGAUCACCAGGCGGGUCAACCUGCAGGGCAUCUUCCAGGCUGUCUACACUGCUGGUGUGGUGCUGCCCAAGCCUGUGGGCACCUGCAGGUACUGGCACCGCUCCCUGAACCCCCGGAAGCUCAUCGACGUGAAGUUCUCUCACCUGAGCCGGAACAUGACUAUGCAACGCACCAUGAAGCUGUACCGGCUGCCUGAGAACCCGAAGACGCAGGGGCUGCGGCCCAUGCAGAAGAAGGAUGUGGCCAUGGUGCACCGGCUGCUACAGGCCUACCUGAAGCAGUUUCACCUGGCGCCGGUGAUGAGCCUGGAGGAGGUGGAGCACUGGCUGCUGCCCCAGGAGAACAUCAUCGACACCUACGUGGUGGAGAAUGCUGAGGGGGUGGUGACGGACUUCCUGAGUUUCUACACCCUGCCCUCCACCAUCAUGAACCACCCAGUGCACCGCAGCCUGAAGGCGGCCUACUCCUUCUACAACGUGCACACUGUCGCGCCCCUCAUGGACCUCAUGGGCGACGCCCUCAUCCUGGCCAAAUCGAAAGGGUUUGAUGUCUUCAAUGCACUGGACCUGAUGGAGAACAAGACCUUCCUGGAGAAGCUCAAGUUUGGGAUUGGAGAUGGGAACCUGCAGUAUUACCUGUACAAUUGGAAGUGUCCCAGCAUGGGCGCAGAGAAGGUGGGCCUGGUGCUACAGUGACCCCGGGACUGGGCAGGGAGCUGAUGCUACUCGCCGACGGACCGACAAGCUGACGGACGGACUUGACUGCUUCAGGAGAAAGAACCCGUACCACUUUGACCUUUGACCCACGCUGCCACGGGGAGGAAAGGUGCCAGAUCAACGCGGAGCUGCAGCUGACUGGACUUCGUUGCGAUGAACUGCUCUGACAGGGGAAAACACAAGGAGUAAAACUAGAACAUGCAGACUUGCCUCAAUCAUAUCUGAUCACACACAACUUUCUCGCCACGCCGGACGCAUCUGAGAACAUCGUUUCAGUAAAAGCCGAACCUGACCACGUUGUCGAUAAAAGGAACGGACAGACAGAAACCGUGUUAAUGGACUGGCCACAAGAUGGCGCUGUCGCUGGUCCUCAUGCAGGCUGGCAGUGCAGGUGCUCUCUGUGCCCCUCGCCCUGGACACUGGACACAAGCAGCAGCUGUAAGGGCUUAUAAUCACCAACUCCAGCUGUUUCCAGAUAUGCUUCAGGCUACACAGGUUUGCUGUGCAGAUCCAUCCUCAGAUGACGCGGAAAAGACUUUUUUUUUUUAAUCACGGUUCACCUUACAGCUCUUGUGUCUUUCAAGCUGUCCUUGGGAAAAGAGAAACCCUGCGUCCAAGGUCUAGCUGGCCAGUUCAGUGGACAGAGCUGGUGCGGGCGAGAGACGGACCUGUCCAGUAGGCGAGGGGAGGCGUUGCUCUGAUCAGCGUGAGCGAGGCAGUUUCGGACACGGCGAGCCAGCAAUGCAAUAAACACUAAAGCAGAGUGUUCUUCUUUUGUAAACGUCAGUGACUUGGAAGACAGCGCAGUGUUCAUGGGAAGGGGGUGUGAGGGGACGGGAUGGUUUUCGAAAUAAAACUAGAAGUGCUCUAUCCUGCAGGGAGUGUUCUGUCUUCUUUAGGCCAGGCUGCGGCUCCUUUAAGUUAUUUAUUCAACCAAGACUGUCAGUUCAGAGUUGACCACGCCACUUAACAGAACCGCACUGACCUGGCGAUCUCCGCACUUCGGGAUGGCGAGGUACGUUGGACCUGUACGUUGUCUCUGACCAGCCCAAAGGGGAACUGGGGUUGCUAGACCUUCAUUUCUUUCAGCAGUUGUCUUGAAACUCUCCAAGAAUCAUGAAGGAAAUAAAUUGUUCAAACGUGA